CUGCGCAUGCGCUACAGGAUUUACGAAGUAGCUACGUAGCUACAGUAAAUGCUGACAAACCGCCCAAGAGAUAAAGUUAACGCGUUUUAACGGUAUUGUGAAAAAUAUUUAGUGGUAAUUAUAAGGGUUGAGUGGUACUAUUGCUGUCAGCCUUCAUCAUGCCGAGAGGUGGGAAAAAGGGCCACAAAGGCAGAGGGAAGCAAUUCAGCAAUCCUGAGGAGAUUGACCGUCAGAUGAAAGCACAGAGAGAGCUGGAGGAAAAUGCUGGUGUGGAGAAAGAGAGCGCUUCCGACUCUGAGGAGGAGAGUAGCAGUGAUGAGGAAUCUGAGUCUAGGAAGAGGAGCGGCGUGGAGGGACUCAUCGAAAUUGAGAACCCCAACCGCGUGUCUCAGAAAAACAAGAAAGUUUCGGAAUUAGAUGUCAAUGCUCCAAAAGAGCUGUCUCGCAGAGAAAGGGAAGAGAUUGAGAAGCAGAAGUCCAAGGAACGCUUCAGGAAGCUUCAGCUCGAGGGGAAGACGGAGCAGGCGAGAGCGGACCUUGCCAGGCUUGCUAUUAUCAAGAAGCAGAGGGAGGACGCUGCCAAGAAAAGAGAAGAGCUCAGGAAAGAAAAAGAGGCUGAAGAAGCCAAAGCAAAGCGCUAGUCUCCAGUCCGAGAACUUCAACAUGCACAUCGGUCUCAGAGGGAUGGAGAGAGGCGAGGGAACAAAUUUGGAAUAGCGUCAGAAGACGGCUGCUCCUGGGCUCCAUCCAGUGCUUCCUUUAACACCAGGGGGGAGACGUGGGACUCACGAUGUGGUCCGGACAGAUUAAAAAACGGGUGAAAUCAUCAAGAGGUGAAGAGAAAUGCAACAUUUGGGAUUCAUCUGCAGGUUUUCUAAGUGCUGCACACACUCUUUACUGUUACGCCAUCUCAGUUCAUGUCGAUGCUGAUCAUUUGCAUUCCUUUUUUUUUCCUGGCUUUACGUGUUUUUUUACAAGGUGUUGACAUGUUGAUGGGACUCUAACAGCAGGGACCGUCCCUUUUUCCCUCCGACUUAUUUUUGUCGGAAUGCAGCAAUAGAUGGUAAAAAAGAACACCAAUGAUCAAGUAGAUCAAGCUUGUAUUAAUUCUUUAUGAAGUGGACAUGAUGUUUACUCCACCCAGAAGGAAUAUUACUUGAACUACCUUUUUGAUAAGCCUUAUUUUUUAAAAUAGCUACACAACUUAACACUUUUUGGAAAGCCUUGCAUCAAACUGCCUCAAAGUCUGUGGCCUUGUUUCUGCAAGGCGCUGUCCCUCUAUACGACGGAUUUUGUCUUUUGUUGCCUUUUUGGCCCGCUCAAGACCGCAUCACUGGCUUUUUACCGGCUCAUUUUCACACACUUGCUCAAACGGAACCCUCACUCGCUUAACAUUUUUGUGUCGGAAAAACAAAAUACUAGGAGACUUUCAUUGUUUGGUUUAGCAAUCUUCAAAUGCAUUUAAACACACAAUCAUAUACACAGAUGGAAAAAUAACUUGC